UAUCGCGUGGAGUUAAACACUUGCAACACGUUGAUACUCAUAUCAAUAGACUCACGGACAAUGUCUCGAUUUAAAAGAGCGGGUCAGGAUUCUCUGGCGGGCUUCAUGGAGAAGAAGACGGAGUCUACGAUCUCUUCCGGUCAGCUGAAUGCAGCCAGGAAAAGCGGCCAGCUUGACCUGUCCGGUCGAGGGCUAAGAGAAGUCCCUCAGGAUGUGUAUCGUCUGAACAUUGAUACACCGGAGGAGGCCCACCAUAAUCUUUCCUUUGGAGCAUCAGAUCGCUGGUGGGAACAGACUGACCUCACUAAACUACUCCUCUCAUCCAAUCAGCUCACCCAACUAUCUGAUGACAUCAGACUACUUCCUUUACUCACUACUCUGGAUCUCCAUGAUAACCAGCUAAGCAGUUUACCAAGUGCUUUAGGAGAACUGCAGGAGCUCCAGCAACUGCGGCUCAGUCAUAACCAGAUAACAUCACUGCCAGUGGAAGUGUGUACUCUGAAGAACCUCUGUGGCAUCAACUUACAGCAGAACCAGCUGGAGACCCUGCCAGAUGAACUGGGACAACUGGAGAACCUGACCCAGCUGGACCUGUCCAACAACCAUCUGGAGGGCCUGCCUUCCAGCCUGGGCCGCCUCAGGUGUCUGCAGAAACUGAACCUGUGUCACAACAAGCUCAGAUGCCUGCCUGCCUGCCUGGCCCAGCUCACAAAUGUUAAACUGUUGGACUGCAGCAAUAACCAGCUGACUGACAUUCCUGCCAGCCUAUCAAAGAUGCUUGCUCUGGAGCAGCUCUACCUCAGACACAACAAGCUCCGCUUCUUCCCAAAACUUCCUGCACCAGCACUCAAGGAGUUGUAUUUGGGCAACAACCACAUUGAGCAGUUGGGGACGGAGCAGCUGACCUGCCUGACAGCCAUCUCUCUUCUCGAACUCCGAGACAACAAGAUCAAAAUUCUCCCUGAACAGAUCACCUUACUGAGCACGCUCACGCGCCUCGACCUCACCAACAAUAACAUCACCAAUCUUCCUGUAUCUCUCAGCCUGCUGCCCAAUCUAACGGUGUUACUGCUGGAGGGAAACCCUCUGAGAGGAAUCAGGAGAGACCUUCUCACUAAAGGAACCAGUGAGCUUCUGAAAUAUUUAAGAGGAAGAAUUAAAGAGGAUCGUGACAGAGCAGAUGAGGGACAGAUGGCUAUGACCUUACCCAGCCAGGCCACGGUCAAUGUACACAACAUUACAACUCUCAAGUCAUUGGUGUACAGUCUGAAGCAGGCAAGUCAUAUUCCAGAUGAGCUGUUUGAUGUUGCAGCAGAUCAAAGUGUUACUACUGUUAACUUCAGCAAGAACCAGCUGACCACCAUACCAACCAGACUGGUGGAGCUCAUACCCUCCCUCUCAGAUAUCAAUCUGGGUUUCAACAGACUCACCUGUUGUGGUCCUGACGUCUGCAAGUUGCUGCAGCUGAUGCACAUCGACCUCAGGAAUAACCAGCUGAGGGAUCUACCAUCUGAAAUGAAGAACUUAACUAAACUAUGCUCCAUUAUCCUCAAUUACAAUAGGUUCAAUUCCUUCCCUGAAGUCCUUUAUCAGAUAGUUUCCUUGGAGACGGUGUUACUUGGUAACAACCAAGUGGACGAGGUGGACCCUCAUCGUCUGAUAAAGUUGGUUCAUCUGUCGACACUGGAUCUGUCAAACAAUGACCUGCUGAACAUCCCUCCUGAACUGGGCCUGUGUGCCAGCCUCAGGUGUCUCAGUCUGGAGGGGAAUCCUUUCCGCACACCCAGAGCAGCCAUUGUGGCCAAAGGAACAGAUGCAGUAUUGGAGUACCUCCGUAGCCGUUUACCUACAUGAUCCCAGACCUCAGUCCAGAUAACUCCACCACCAUGCUCACAGAUCUUUAAAAAAAAAAAAUUGUUGACAUUUUAAUGCAUUAAAACAAACCAUCUGAUUGUUCUUUAUCUGAUUCAAAAUCCACAGCAUUGCACAGUCAGCGUUCCAUCUGAAGUGGGUCUAGUUUGUGUUCAGUGGAUGCGUUGAAAGUCAUAAAUAUUUCUGGACAAUUGGAUUCAAACUGAUGCCGAGAUGUUUGGUUGAAAAAUACUUACAAAUAAAGUUGUUAAACAUUA